AAGAGUUCGGAUACCACCAGUGCAGACCAGAGCACAAAUGUCAUCUGAUCGCUAAGACCACAUGCAGUUGUCUAGAUUGUACGGAGCAGUUGUCAAGCUUUCCGAUGUUUUGUUCGACGAUUAGUGUUCCUGCUUGCAGAUGCCGGAAUUUGGGAUUCGAACCCCGCCCAGUCGUCUCGAUGAAAUUUUGGUGCUAGUCAGGGGUAUGGAGCCGCGCAUAAUUAGCUCACAAGCCGGCUCGCUCACAACAUCGCGUUUGAUCACCGUCACCAUUUUGCUUUGCUCUCUUCGGUCGAAGGCCAACCUGCAGCUUGUUCUCCGUACAUAUCUACAUUAUCAUCAAAGUCCAUAUUUGGUUAUUGCCAUUCCAAAGAAGCUGGGCAGCAAUGGCGUGUUUGAAAACUGCAAGCAGCAUAGUGAGCUAGGAUGGAUGUGCGGUUUUCUCCAAUGUUGAAAAACUCUGUCUCAUCUUUUGAUGCUAGCAGCGAUUUGGGAUCGACCUCGAGAGCUCGAGACUGAGCUUGUUGGAAAAUCCCGUACUGUCCCGUCCCUAAACGCCAGUCUGUGAAGCAGCGGCAUGCUGGAAGAUCCUUGUCUUGCUCUUCCGUCAAUAUGACGUCUCACCUUCAGCUUAGUUGCCUAGCCAUUUUCUGUGCAUCAGCGCCCAGCAGCUCUUCCUCUCUACCCCUCUUUCGUCCUUGAAGAAUUAAAAAGGGUUACUAUUCCGGGUAUGCUUUUACCAUCACUCACCGAUCAGAAGCCCUCAAUAUUAUGCCGCCAAUCAAAAAGGGAAAAGGAUUAAAGGGCAAACGCUGUGAUUCUCCCUCCUCAACGCUCUCUUCAGUUGAGUCUCAAGCUAGUCCUGGCUCACACUCCACCCAGACCUCCGCACAGCCCACUACUUCUCGCUGCGAUAUGGAUACUAAUGAAGGUAUACAUGCGUUGUUCACUAGCCUCAAAGGGUAUGGAUACUUGGCUUCAGGCCAAUUCGCAGACCUUACCAUUCGAGUAGCCGACGAGGAAUUCAAGGUUCAUAAAGUAAUUGUCUGUGGGCAAUCCGAGUUUUUUUCUCGCAUGUUCAGCAGUGAUUGGAAGGAAAACGUCAAUAACGAAGUUAAAUUGGGGGAGGUUGACCCUAGUGCUGUUGAGGCAAUGAUUCAUUUUAUGUAUGGCAUUGACUAUGACAGCAGCGGCAGUAGCCGCGGUCGCGUGUCUCCUUUAUUCUUCAAUGCCCAGAUCUACGCGCUUGCAGAGGAGUAUGAGGUUCAGAAGUUGAAAGAGCUAGCCAAAGAGAAGUUCGCAACUUCAGUCCGUGCCUGUUGGGAUAUGGAUGAUUUUCCUCCAGUGAUUGUGGAAGUUUACAACACCACACCUUCCGCAGAUCGAGGCCUUCGAGAUGUAAUAGUCAACACUUGCGUUGAGCAUAUUGAGCCCCUCUUACUCAAGGAGGCCUUUCUAGACGUGCUGGAAAGCUGCAACCAUUUUGCGGCAGACAUCGCGAGACAGCUAGCGUCAAAACCGUCAAAACCGUCAAAAUACCGAUGUUCACAGUGCGGCUACGCGUGAGAAGGGAAGCUUUCUUCUUAGACGAAUUACUAUUGCAUGCAUUGCGGGUCUGGCCACUCCAAUCAGCAUGACUUUGUUGUGAAAUAAGCAGGGAGUAUCAGUCUUUAAAAUUGUGACCUUGUCUUGAGUGAUAAUGGGUGGAGUAGCAGCUUUUGAAUUAUCUUAAACCAACUGCUUGGAUAAAGUUAGCAACUGCUGAGAAAUCAGCUUUAUUCAAGCGGAGUUUUGGCUGAAUUAUUCCAUGAUUCCAUAGGUAUUGAGUUCCUGAGCUCAGCCAGGAUACUGAUAUACUCUUGUUCUUAGGACUGGACAGAAGAGAUUUGGGUCGAUGUACGGAGAAGUAUUUGAGCGACAUCUCCAAGCCACAGCCAGAAUUUAUAAGCCAAAGUCCAUUGAUAGACUGAUGAUUCGUCAUUAGCGAUUCGGAGCUUUCUUAUAUUUAUCGCCUAUUGGAUCGCUCUCACUAUAAAUGCAAAAAUGAAGGUUACAGCUGUGCUACGCAAGGCGUAAGCCUCAUUGAAUGUUGACAUCAAGACAUCCCGAUCGCCACGGCUUGUGCAACCUUGCGGUUUUCACUCUUGCAACUCCAGGACCAGCACGCUAAGCCCUCUCGCAGUGAAUGGGGAGUAGUUAUAAAUAUUAUUGAUGAUCCGAUCACUGUCUUCCUGGGCGCCAGAGACCUGUUGCCCUCUGGUGCCAUAUAUAUCUUCUUUAUUCAGGAUCACUACUCACGACGCAAGAA